AGAAAGGUAUUGUAGGUGUGUCCUGAAAAUACAAAGAUGGUAGAGAGUUGUUAAAAUUGAAAGUGUCAUCCGAGUUUAGGCAGCGACAAGAUGAAGUUUCCCGAGGUAACAACGCUUCUCUCGGUUCUGGCCGUGGUGUUUUUACGCGGGGCGCACGGUUGGGAUGCGCCGCCGUUUUGUCAUAGCUAUGAUUGUCCUGAGUUCACGGUCGUUAAUAAAUAUGAGGACUUUGAGGAACGUGCGUACCAAGUGAGCCGCUGGAUAACCGUCGACAGUCAGGGUGUCUCUGACCACGACGUGAAGGCUGGAUUCACGAAACUGUGGGACUACACCCAGUGGGACAAUAAAGCAGGUGAACAUGUCAAUACUCAUACCUGGCCUGCACUUAUUUCUACGACUGAGGUAGAGGAUGGUGGAGAGAAGCAUGCAUCUCUCUCUUUCUAUGUGGCUCCAGAAGAUACAGUCCUCCCCACUCCCAAUGAUGCCUCAAUCAGGAACGAGACUAUGCCGGCCUGCACCAUAUAUGUCAGGACUUUCAGUGGUUUUCUGUCAGAGUACAACUUCCAGGAAAAUUUGAAGAAGCUACGUGAUGCCCUGACACAGGCUGGGAAAGCAUUUGACUCCCACCGGUUCAUCGCGGCAGGGUAUGAAGGCCCGUGGACUCUGAUUGGCCGACACAAUGAGGUCUGGAUCCACGCCACCUGAGGAAGGCAGAUUAAACUAAUAAACACAGAGAUUUAAAAUUCCAAACAAAUGUUCAAUGAUGGGUACACUUGCCCAUGCAUAUAGUGUGCGCCAUUUGGAAUGUUCAAUUAGUACGCUAUGAAAGUUGAUAUGUCAACUACAAAAUGUCAUUGGUGUAUUGCCUUAAACUAAAUGAUUUGCUACCUCAGAAUGCUGUAGCUACUUUUAUCUCAUCCAACCAUGGCAAUUUCUAAAUUGGGUUGAGGGACUUCUAGUAUACAUGUGAAGCCAUUACUGUGUCCCAUAGAAAAACAUACUAGAGUUUCUUCACUUUGGGGGAGUGGCUUUCUAUAGUCUUUACUAGCUAAAUAUAUUUUUGGGCACCUGUUCUGUUAAAAUUAUAAUCUUUCAACCAUCUAACUGUCGCAAAUCAAACAGAGCAGGUUUAGUAAAUUAUAGAUUCAGUAUUGUAAUCCACAAACACAAGAUGCAGUUUUUUAAAACAUCAAUCCCUAGCAUUUUAUCAGCAAUCUUUAUUUACACUAUGAAUGAUUUGUUCUAUAAAUGAUUUGGUCUUUCUACUGCCACUUAUAUGCCUAGUCCCUUGUAAAAUAUAUUUUGCAAUCUCAAUGGCCUGCUCCUGGGUAAAUAAAGUUCAGAUAAGAACGAUAACAACAUGCUGUAUAAGAAUGUGAA